AUCUAAAAUGGCGCUCACCACGAAUGGAAGAAUUAGUCUUUACUGUUUUUGUGUUUCGUUAUCGUUAAUUCUUAUACCUCUCACUAGAUUUUUUGGACAAACGUUUAAAUAUGUCAUAGAAGAUUACUGGCUUUUGCUCUUACUUAUUUAUUCAGCCUGUAUUCAGGUUUUCUUUUACUCAAUUUAUAAACCACGUGGAUAUGCUUACAAGGUUGCAUGGAGAGCUGGCAUACUAGGACAAGGUUUUGGAAUAGGUUUGGUUUCUGCAGUUUUAACUGAUUCAUCUUGGAAAGUGUUUGGAAUUUACAUCAGUAUUCUUUGUUUCUUUCACUAUUCUGAGUAUUUGACAACUGCAGUCAUUAACCCUAAGUCUCUGAGUCUUGACUCUUUUCUUAUCAACCAUAGCAGGGAGUAUGGUAUAGCAGCAGUGGGGAGUUGGAUGGAGUUCCUUUUAGAGAGAUAUUUUUGUCCAGGAAUGAAAGAGGUGUGGUGGCUAAGUUUACUAGGAUUCUUACUCUGUGUUGGUGGUGAAACAAUGAGGAAAAUGGCCAUGCUGACUGCUGGAAGCAAUUUUAACCAUAUCAUACAGAGUCACAGAGAAGAAGGUCAUGUCUUGGUCACCCACGGUGUCUAUUCGUUGACCCGUCACCCAGCAUAUGUUGGUUGGUUUUGGUGGUCAGUUGGGACACAGCUCCUACUCUGUAACCCAGUAUGUUUGAUUGGUUAUACUGUUGCCUCUUGGAAGUUUUUCAAGACUCGAAUUAUAGAAGAAGAGAUUACUCUACUGAACUUUUUUGGAGAAGAUUAUGUUAUGUACCAGAAAAGAGUAGGUACAGGCCUUCCUUUCAUUAGAGGAUACAGGCUAGAGUUGUGAAGGCCUUUAGACAAGACACAGCACAAGGAAACUUCAGGCAACAGUGCCUGCAGGACAACACAGAGUAGGUCAGGAUACUUACAGAACCAAUUAAGUUGAGAAGAACUAGUGAAAAGUGUAGUAUGUAACAGUUUUAACAACUUUCACAUGACGAAUCAUGCCUGCAAAGAACAGGCUUGGGCGAUGUGGUUUGGCUUGAGAGCUUCUUUUUUAUGCCAAAAUUUUAUUUAUAAUAAAUUACAGUAAUCUUUCCAUUUUAUUUUAUUUUUAAAAAAUAAUUUUUAUUGUGUGUGUAAGGUCAUUACAGCAGCUGACAGCUUUUUGUUUAUAUAGAAUUAACAAAUCGUGAAUAGUAUAUGAAACCUCUUUGAAAGCCUCUCAUUUGUAAAAGCUAUUUGAAUGUUGUAUUAUAUGUAGAAAUGAUCAAGUUUACUUGCAGUUGUACAAUAAAUACUAUAAAUAUUUUGAUGACUAAUUAAAUCUUGUGAUAUGCAUGUUAAAGAUAAAAAUCUCAGUUAGUUGGCUUACAAACAUAGAAUGUAUUUCAUCAAUACGAUUCUUAUUUAGAACAAUGCUUUAGCUGCAAGUCAAAUUUUGAACUUAUUGACUAAAACUGGAUACAAAUUGGUAAAUAUUGUUGUUUUGAAAUCUCAACUUGUGCUAAAGCUUACAAGUAUUUUUAGCAUUAAUUCUUAAGUGUUAUAUUUUCGCAUGCUCGAUAACAGGCUUCAUAAAUAUGUCUUGGUAUAAAUUUCAAAUUUGUUAAGGUUAGCUACACAGACAAAUUUAUGUGUACC